AUGACUGCCAGUCCACCUCUGACGGGCGUCCGCGUCCUCGAACUCGGCGGCUUAGCCCCAGGCCCCUUUUGCGGUCUGCUCCUCGCCAACUGGGGCGCCAACGUCCUGCGCGUCGAUCGGCCGGGCCCAGUCUCCAACAAUGACCUCCUGACCAGCGGCAAACGUUCCAUCGCCUUGGAUCUAAAGAAACCCUCCUCCCUUGCCGUCUUCCUGUCCCUAGCCUCAAUUGUCGAUGUCCUCAUCGACCCUUUCCGCCCUGGUGUGUUGGAGAAACUUGGUCUGGAUCCUGAAACCGUCCUGCUGAAGAAGAACCCCCGCCUCAUCGUGGUAAGACUGACGGGUUUUCGUCGCGAUGGGAAAUACUCAGCCAUGGCUGGUCACGACAUCAACUAUCUCGCCGUAUCCGGAGUGCUUUCCAUGCUUGGUGCGAAGGGUUCUCCGCCUGCACACCCUGCCAACAUCCUCGCAGACUUCGCCGGUGGAGGCCAUGCCGCAUUUACUGGUGUCCUGCUAGCACUGAUCCACCGGGCAACAAGCGGGAAAGGACAAGUCGUGGAGGCAAACAUGGUCGACGGUGUCAGUUUUCUCGGCACGUUUCCGAGACUCUUGACCAAGCUGCCCAUGUGGAAUGGUGAGCGGGGCACCAACACGCUGGAUGGGGGAGCUCCAUAUUAUGGGUGCUAUGAGUGCAAGGAUGCGGGCAAAUACAUGUCCGUGGGCGCACUGGAGCCACAGUUCUGGCAGGAGCUGCUGAAGGGUCUGAAUUUCACCGAGGAAGAAGUCGUCCCGGGUAAGCUCGAUCGGCUGGACAAGCGCUCCUGGCCGUAUAUGCGUGAGCUGUUCACGAAGCGGUUCAAGGAGAAGACGCGCAAGGAGUGGGAGGCCAUCUUUGACGGGACCGAUGCGUGUUGUGCGCCCGUGCUCGAACACGCAGAGAUGGAGGCCGCGGGAUACGAGCACCGACCCAUCGUGGGGCUGACGUCGUCGCCGGCGCGGAAAGUCGACAUGCAGUGGGAUGGCAAGGCAUUGAAGCCCGGCGAGGGCGGCGAGCAGGCGUUGAAAGAGUGGGUGGGCUGGACCAACGGUAAAGAUUACGAGGUAUCGGCCACCGGUUGCUUUGAAAAGAGAGAAAAGAGUAAGUUGUAG